GCUGUUUCCCGAGGCGCGGCGGCCGCGACUGGGGGUGGGGAGGGGGGCACAGGACCCCAAGCGGGGUCCCCAAGCCGCAGGCACGUGAGACGGAGCGUAGCGAGGAGGCCGAGGCUCCCGGGGCCGAGGCCUCCCGAGUCUGCGGGGACCGGGGCCUCCCAGGGUGGGCCAGUUCCUGAUCCCCCAGCAGCAUGGCGUCUUGGGCCGAGCCCUCUGAGCCUGCUGCCCAGCUACUUUGUGGGGCCCCACUCCUGGAGGGCUUUGAGGUGCUUGAUGGGGUUGAUGAUGCAGAGGAGGAAGAUGACCUAAGUGGGUUGCCACCACUAGAGGAUAUGGGACAGCCUACGGUGGAGGAGGCUGAGCAGCCUGGAGCCCUAGCUCGGGAGUUCCUGGCAGCCACAGAGCCUGAGCCAGCCCCAGCCCCCGCCCCGGAAGAGUGGCUGGACAUUCUGGGGAACGGAUUGCUGCGUAAGAAGACACUGGUCCCAGGCCCAACAGGCUCUAGCCGCCCACUCAAGGGCCAGGUGGUGACCGUACACCUGCAGAUGUCCCUGGAGAAUGGCACCCGUGUGCAAGAGGAGCCCGAACUGGCUUUCACGCUUGGAGACUGCGAUGUUAUCCAGGCCCUGGACCUCAGCGUCCCGCUCAUGCAUGUGGGCGAGACAGCAAUGGUCACCGCUGACUCCAAGUACUGCUACGGUCCCCAGGGCAGCAGGAGCCCAUACAUCCCCCCCCAUGCAGCCCUGUGCCUGGAAGUCACCCUGAAGACAGCAGAGGAUGGACCUGACCUGGAGAUGCUGAGUGGGCAGGAGCGCGUGGCCCUGGCCAACCGCAAGCGGGAGUGUGGCAAUGCCCACUACCAGCGUGCUGACUUUGUGCUGGCUGCCAACUCCUAUGACCUGGCCAUCAAGGCCAUCACCUCCAACGCCAAAGUGGACAUGACUUGUGAGGAGGAGGAGGAGCUGCUACAGCUGAAGGUCAAGUGUCUGAACAACCUUGCGGCAUCGCAGCUAAAGCUGGACCACUACCGAGCAGCACUGCGCUCCUGUAGCCAGGUGCUGGAGCACCAGCCAGACAACAUCAAGGCACUGUUCCGCAAGGGCAAGGUGCUGGCUCAGCAGGGUGAAUACAGUGAGGCCAUCCCCAUCCUGAGGGCGGCCCUGAAGCUGGAGCCUUCCAACAAGACGAUCCAUGCGGAGCUCUCAAAGCUGGUAAAGAAGCGUGCUGCACAGCGGAGCACAGAGACUGCCCUGUACCGAAAGAUGCUAGGCAACCCCAGCCGGCUGCCUGCCAAGUGUCCGGGCAAGGGUGCCUGGGUAAGCCUGAGUGGGGUUGGGCGGGGCUGGAGGGGGAUACUGGGAACAUUAGCCCAGGCAGAAGAUGGGACUCUCUGGACCUGCAGGUUGGAGGCUCAGGCAGAGGCAGAAAGAAAAUCCACUGGAGGAGUGGGUAUUUGGUUUAGGCUUGGGUGUGCAUGGUACAAACACUUGCUAGGAGGCUGCUUGGCUCAUAGUAGUUGCUUUGGCUAUGCAGCCAGCUUUCACCCUUACCUUUAUCCACAGUCCAUCCCGUGGAAAUGGCUGUUUGGGGCAACUGCCGUGGCCCUGGGGGGCGUGGCUCUCUCUGUGGUCAUUGCUGCCAGGAACUGACUGUCCCCCUGCAUACCUGGACCCCAACCUGUGCUCCCCAACUCCCCCAGGCUCCCUGUCCACUGCCCUCCCUGGCCGAGACACCUCCUAUGGGUUGGGGGAGCAAGGAUUGAGGGUCGCACACCCCAACAAGCAGGAAAGACUGAGACCCUGAAAGGGGGCAUGGGGUACAGCCCAGAGGGAGGGGCCCUGUUCCUCCAGACCCAGUUGUCUCUCUCCCACAACCCUGUUGUCCUCUGGGGUCAGGCCUCAGCUGGGGCAGCCUCAGUUUUCCCUCAGUAGGCCUGGGGGCAGCACUACCAUUCCUUCCUGCCCGCCUGCACCCUCUGUCCAGGCUUCCCCACAGUGAUUUAAAUAAAGCCUCACCCCACACCCUA